AUGAGUCGUUUCAUGCCUAGGCGAAAGCUCUCUAAAAGUCUCGAUGAGGUUGGCUUGCGUGAGACUCGUAAGAUCAGAUCGGACACCUCCCAGCAGUCGACGGCUCCGGCAGGAGACUUCACGAGGCUGCUUGCGCCUUCACUACCGCCCCUAAUCCGCACAAAGACACCACCAGGAGCUCCUCGUUGGCCGGGUGACCUACCGCCCGCGCAAGCGCAGUCGGCUCCUAGAGACUUCUGGGCUUCCGUUCGUCACUUUUUCGCACCGCCUCAGCCGCCUCGGCGACCCCAGCGGAGGGGCAGGGCAUACUGGCAACCUCCAAGAAGUGCACACAACUCGUCACGAUUAGGACCACUGGAAAGUCAUCCGUUCUAUCGCGCUUCGGUUGCUGUGCCUGGCAGCUGGCCUGACGACGCAGCAGAUGGCCUAGCGCCUGCAGCAGUGCCCUAUGCUUCUCCUACGGCUGCCACGAACUCUCUCGAGGCACUAGCUUCAAGGUGCGAUAAUCAGCAGCCUACCACCGACGGCUUCACUCAAAGCCCGCCGCAAGCUUCGCACCAACCACCGAUUUCCGCAACCCGCAGCAGAGACGACCUCUCCUCCCGCUACACCGCCUCCGGCAUCCCGAUCUACCGCACCUCGGCCUCCUCCCUCCAGAAGCUCGACGCGCAGACCCAGCGUAGCAUCUCCGGCAGUAGCACCAGCUCGCGCCGCGGCCCCGCGGUCUCGGCGCCUACGAAAGCGCGCCUGCCGCGUAAUCCUGGUUCCCUGGACAGCAGGAGCCGUUCCGCGCCAACCCAGCCGGCCGAGCCUACGGCCACAGUGGAGCUCCAGCGGAUCGACUCCGCUGCUUUGGGCGCGCUGCUCCCCAUCGCGGCCGCCGAGGGCAUCGUGCGCGUAAGGGCGCUUGAGCGGGGGGAUCCCGACCCGCUGGCGCUGGGGUCUGCGGUCCCGUCACCAUCGCCACGAGGAUUGCCAGAGCGCCCACCCGCACCAGGUGUCCUCGAGCGCGAAGACACGGCACGCUCCACGGUGGUGGAGUUGCCGCUCUUGGAGCGCUGCUCGGGUGACAGACCGGACCGCGUGACUAGGUCGCGGAGCCAUGAUCCGAGCGUGCUGAGAGCAGAAGACGUGCAUGCGGCUAUUGUGAGGAGGAGUAGGGCGGAGACGGGGAUGAAUCGGGGAAGCAGUCGGAGGAGUGGUGGGGCGGGGCCACGGAGGGCGGAUUGGGAGCCUGGUGAGGUGAGUGGUUCUUAUGAGACGUGCUGGAGGUUGCGGUGGGAGCGCGGGUGGGGACUCGUGGGGCCGUCGAUGGUGCUGCCGGAUGGUUGUUUGGCGCCUGCUUGGGAGUUGCGUUUCUGA